CCGCCGCCGCCGCCGCAGCGAUCAUCGGUAGAGCGGGAGCCGGCGCUGCCCACUGCUGCUGCCGCCCGGCGCGGCGGAGGUGCUGGACAUGGACUCGGAGGAUGACCCAUUGUUACAGGAUGCCUGGCCAGAGGAGGAAGAUGAAGAGGUAGCCUUCAGCUCCCGGAAGAGGCGAGAGGGUGCUCUGUUGUGUGGGAAAAGCCCGUGCAGAGUCAGGCCCCUGUGUGUCACACUGCCUAUGUCUGGCUUCUGGAAUAUUGUUGGCUGGGUGUUUACCAACCCAUACUGUGCUGGCUUCAUACUUUUCCUGGGCUGUGCCAUCCCUGCUGUGCUUGCUGUUGUCAUGUUCCUCCACUACCCUGCCCUGGAUAUUGACAUCUCCUACAACGCGUUUGAGAUCCGCAACCACGAGUCCUCGCAGCGCUUCGAUGCCCUUGCCUUGGCCCUCAAAUCCCAGUUUGGGUCAUGGGGCAGGAACCGCCGGGACCUAGCUGACUUCACCUCAGAAACCCUGCAGAGGCUCAUCUUCAAGCAGCUCCAGCAGCUUCACCUCAACGCUUCCCAUCUUGGGGUCAGUGCACGGGUCAAGCGCAGCCCCGCAGAGGGCAGGAUGAGCUCCCUGCAGCCCCAGGCCCCCCUAAGCACAGGAAACCAGACAUCCCGAGUCGGGAGAGGAGCCCCACGCUGGGACUACUCCAGCACUUUUGUCAGUGCUAACACACAGACACACGCUCACUGGCGCAUUGAGCUCAUUUUUCUGGCUCGGGGGGACUCUGAGAACAACAUCUUCACCACUGAGCGCCUGGUCACCAUCCACGAGGUUGAGCGCAAGAUCAUGGACCACCCUCGCUUCCGGGAAUUCUGCUGGAAGCCCCAUGAGGUCUUGAAGGACCUGCCCCUGGGUUCUUACUCCUACUGCUCCCCUCCCAGCUCCCUCAUGACCUACUUCUUCCCCACUGAGAGAGGAGGGAAGAUUUACUAUGAUGGCAUGGGACAAGACCUUGCUGACAUCCAAGGGUCCCUGGAGCUGGCCAUGACCCACCCCGAGUUCUACUGGUAUGUGGAUGAGGGCUUGUCUGCUGAGAACAUGAAGAGCUCCCUGCUGCGGAGCGAGAUCCUCUUCGGGGCACCCCUGCCCAACUACUACUCGGUGGAGGAUCGCUGGGAGGAGCAGCGCCGCAAGUUCCAGAACUUCGUCAUCACCUACGUGGCCAUGCUGGCCAAGCAGUCCACGAGCAAAGUCCAGGUGCUGUAUGGAGGGACAGAUUUGUUUGACUAUGAAGUGAGGAGGACUUUCAACAAUGACAUGUUGCUGGCCUUCAUCAGCAGUAGCUGCAUAGCUGUCUUGGUCUACAUCCUCACCUCCUGCUCAGUGUUUCUGUCAUUCUUUGGCAUUGCCAGCAUUGGGCUAAGCUGCCUGGUGGCUCUGUUCCUGUACCACGUCGUAUUUGGGAUCCAGUAUCUGGGUAUUCUCAAUGGUGUGGCUGCCUUUGUCAUCGUGGGGAUUGGAGUUGAUGAUGUCUUUGUUUUCAUCAACACCUACCGCCAAGCCACCCACCUCAAGGACCUGCGACUGCGCAUGAUCCACACUAUCCAGACAGCAGGGAAAGCCACCUUCUUCACCUCCCUGACCACAGCUGCAGCAUAUGCUGCCAACAUCUUCUCUCAGAUCCCAGCUGUGCAUGACUUUGGACUCUUCAUGUCACUGAUUGUGUCCUGCUGCUGGGUAGCUGUGCUCUUCACCAUGCCAGCUGCUCUUGGAAUAUGGACCCUUUAUGUGUCCCCAUUAGAGAGCUCCUGCCAAGCCAGCUGCAGUCAGAAGUGCACCAAAAAGAGUGCCUUGCACCUGGCUGAAGAUCUCUUCAUUGCCUCAGCGGCCACCUCCAGAGCAGGCAGAGAGACCCUUCCCUACCUUGAUGAUGACAUCCCACUGCUCAGCGUGGAGGAGGAGCCUGUCUCCCUGGAAAUGGGGGAUGUCCCCUUGGUGUCUGUGAUGCCAGAAAAUCUGCAGCUCUCUGCAGAGAAGAGCAACCAGGGUCACUUGAUAACUCAUCUGCAAGAGCUGCUGGAACACUGGGUGCUGUGGUCUGCAGUGAAGAGCAGAUGGGUGAUUGUGGGGCUCUUUCUCCUUGUUUUGCUCCUGUCCAUAUUCUUUGCCAGCCGCCUCCAUCCAGCCAGCCGUGCUCCAGUCUUGUUCCGGCCAGACACAAACAUCCAGGUGCUACUGGAUCUGAAAUACAACCUGAGUGCUGAAGGUAUCUCCUGCAUUACCUGCUCAGGUUUGUUUCAGGAAAAGCCCCACAGUUUGCAGAACAACAUCCGAACUUCCUUGGAAAAAAAGAAGAGGGGCUCAGGUUCACCUUGGGGAAGCAAAGGCAGCAUGAGGCUCCAGGGGACUGUGUAUAUCUCCAAGUCCAGGAGCAAGGGAAGACCAGCCAUCUACAGAUUCUCACUCAAUGCCAGUGUCCCUGCGCCCUGGCAGAUGGUGUCACCGGGAGACGGGGAGGUGCCUUCAUUCCAGGUGUAUAGAGUGCCUUUCGGUAACUUCACCAGGAAGCUGACAGCUUGUGUGUCCACAGUAGGGCUGCUUAAGCAGAUGAGCCCCAGGAAGUGGAUGAUGACCACCUUGUCCUGUGACACCAAGAAGGGCUGGAAGUUCGAUUUCAGUUUCUACGUGGCCUCCAAGGAGCAGCAGCGAACACGGAAACUGUAUUUUGCCCAGUCACACAAGCCCCCUUACCACGGCCGAGUGUGCGUGGCACCUCCGGGCUGCCUGCUCAGCUCCAGCCCAGACGGACCCACCAAAGGCAUCCUGUACGUUCCCAGUGAAAAAGCACCCAAAGCAAAGCUGUCAGCCACAUCUGGAUUCAACCCAUGCAUGAACAUGGGCUGCGGGAAGCCAGCGGUGCGGCCGCUGGUGGACACGGGAGCCAUGGUGUUUGUGGUGUUCGGAAUCCGAGGCGUCAAUCGCACGAGGCGCCAGGACAACCACGUCAUCGGAGACAUGGGCAGUGUUAUCUACGAUGACAGCUUUGACCUCUUCAAAGAGAUUGGCAACCUGUGCCGCCUCUGCAAAGCCAUUGCCAGCAACUCUGAGCUGGUGAAGCCCGGAGGGGCUCAGUGCCUGCCCUCGGGUUACAGCAUCUCCUCCUUUCUGCAGAUGUUGCACCCGGAGUGCAAGAACAUCCCUGAGCCAAACCUGCUGCCUGGACAGCUCUCUCAUGGGGCAGUGGGGGUGAAGGAUGGGAAGGUGCAGUGGAUCUCCAUGGCAUUUGAAUCGACAACCUACAAGGGGAAAUCAUCCUUCCAGACAUAUGCUGACUAUCUGAAAUGGGAGACAUUCCUGCAGCAGCAACUCCAGCUCUUCCCAGAGGGCUCUGCUCUCCGGCAUGGUUUCCAGACCUGUGAGCACUGGAAGCAGAUUUUCAUGGAGAUUAUAGGAGUGCAGAGUGCCCUGUAUGGUCUCGUCCUCUCGCUGGUCAUCUGUGUGGCUGCUGUGGCAGUGUUCACCACACACAUCCUCCUCCUGCUGCCAGUGCUGCUCAGCAUCUUAGGGGUUGUCUGCCUUGUGGUGACCAUCAUGUACUGGUCUGGCUGGGAAAUGGGAGCUGUGGAAGCCAUUUCCCUCUCCAUCCUCGUUGGCUCCUCUGUUGAUUACUGCGUGCACUUGGUGGAGGGCUACCUGCUGGCAGGGGAGAACCUGCCACUCCAGCAGGCAGAGGACCCCACGGCAUGCCGGCAGUGGAGGACGAUGGAGGCAGUCCGGCACGUGGGUGUGGCAAUCGUCUCGAGCGCCAUCACCACCUUGAUCGCCACCGUCCCGCUGUUCUUCUGCAUCAUCGCCCCCUUCGCCAAGUUUGGGAAGAUCGUGGCCCUCAACACGGGAGUGUCCAUCCUGUACACGCUAACUGUGAGCACAGCCCUGCUGAGCACCAUGGCGCCUGGCACCUUCACCCGCAGCAGGACUUCCUGCCUCAAGGCCGUGCUGGGCGUGCUCCUGGCUGGCCUGCUGGGCCUCUGCAUCUGCCUUGCCCUGCUGAAGAGCGGAUUCAAGAUCCCCCUCCCCAACGGGACAGCCCUGUAGACCCCAGGCCAAGAGCCACAUGGUCUGUCCUCCUGCUCCGUUUCUUUUUUUUUGCUUUUCUUUUUAAAGAAUAUUUUUGGUAAGAAAAAAAAGAGGAAAAAAAAAAGUCCCUUUUUUCAUGAAGUUUUUCAAUUCCAGAUGCACUUUAUUUUCUAAUGAGUUUUGCUCUAAACUUGUAUUUAUUUUAGGUAGUGAUGGAUGGAUGAUGGAAAGUGAGGGCUGCCCAGGGAAUACCUCAGCCCACGAAUAGGAGAGGAGGAGGUUUCCUUCUCUCAGUUUUCUUUCUGCUUUCUUUUUUUCUUUUCUUGUUCUUUUAAUUUAUUUUUAACAAACAG